AUGUGGAAGGGUGUACCUAUGAGAUUGUUUUGGACCGGACCACACGAGUUCAUCCCUGACGGCCCCGAAAGCAUAUGGUACGCGCCACACGUGCAGAAUUUUCGAGUCCUCGAACCUACCGAGCUGCCACGACCGUUUGUCUGUGGUGCCAUCCACGACGGCAUCGCCAUCAAUACCAACUUCUACCUGAUCUCCCUGGCGUCCACGAUUCGGGCACUCGGCGGGCGCAUCAUCCGUGCCUCGCUCCCCAGGAAAGGAGGCCUAGCGCAGGCCAUCAUGGCGGCCGAGGAGAUCAUCCAAUCCGAUGAAGGUGGUGGCAUCCAGAAGCAGCAGCAGCACUCCGUUGACCUGUUCGUCAACGCGACAGGUCUGGGUGCCCGCACACUCGUGCCCGAUCCCAACGUCUAUCCGAUCCGAGGGCAGACCGUGACGGUCCGCGGCGAAGCCAAGAACAUUACGACCAUGUUCUACCCGGGCGCAAAUGCCUCCAUCACCCCACGCGUCGGAUCUGGAGUGUCGGUGCUGGGCAGUACCUACCAGGCAGGGAACUGGGACCGCAACCCGGACCCUCAGGUGACCCGUACUAUCCUCGAGCGGUGCAAGGCUCUCGGGCCCGAGUUGCUCAACGACGACGGCGAUUUCGACGUGGUCAGCGUGGACGUCGCUUUCCGGCCGGGGAGAAGAGGUGGGCCGAGAGUCGAGCUCGAGGAGAUCGUGAUCGAUGUUGCAACUGAGGAUGGCUCAGAGAUCAAGACAAGAGUGGUGUGUCACGAGUAUGGGCAUGCUGGCGGAGGGUAA